CGGGAUUUUGUGUUUUGUGUUUUGAUACUAAUUCUAACGACCAGGGUGUAACAUUAACACAUGCGUUAUCUGGGAAAAAAAGCAUUCAACAUUUUCUUUUAGGAGAGUCUUUUUGUUUUCAUGCUCUCUAAACCCUUAUCUUGAAGAAAACUCACCUGAAGAAAAACAUGGAUAGUCCUCUAAAGAGUAUGGCAUAGUGGUGCACACUGGUGUACAAAAUGAGUAUUACAUCAAACACAAAUAAUAUUACCUGCCAAAACUUUUUCUCUGACCUGUUUUGUCUUCAGUCAUAAGCACAAGAAAGGAACCAAAUCCAAUAACUUUUUUUUAGCUUGCCUUUCAUGGCUUCCAUAUGCAGAGUACACUUCCAGAGACAUUACAUAAGGUACCAUGAAGCAGUUGAUCGAUUCCUUCAUAAAGUCAUCCUUCAAUAGCAUUUCGCAAACAUUAAUGACUAACUAUCCCACAAACUGUAGGUAACAUGAAUGCACAGAGAAAAAUAUUUAAUGUAUUCACCUCUGAUGAUAAGGUUUACAAAAAUGGUAACUGUCUUGUUAACACAUCCGCUGGUUUAUCCUUCUCUUUAAUGGUUCAGUGGCUGCAGAGUCCGAAGUUGAAAAAGGUGUAAUAUGUAACUGACGCUGACUGUUGAUAAAGAAGUGAUGGCUUCUUCAAAGAAGGAUGAAGCAAGAUCGAAGACACAACAAUCAAAGCCCAGUGGAUCUGUCAGCCAGUGUUCUGAGUGGUCCAUGGAUGGCCAACCAACUUUCAAAGAGGGGACCGUGAAGGGAUUACAGUCCGUCUACCAUAACAAGGAAUUGUCAGGAGUGUCUGCUCACUCCAAGUACCAGAAGAAUGAGGGCAAGAGAUCCAAUACACCACAAUCAAUGCCCAGUGGAUCUGUCAGCCAGUGUUCUGAGUGGUCCAUGGAUGGCCAACCAACUUUCAAAGAGGGGACCGUGAAGGAUCUACAGUCUGUCUUCAAUAAAAAGGAAUUGUCAGGAGUGUCUGCUGACUCCAAGUACAAGAAGGGCGAGGGCAAAAGAUCCAAUGCACCACAAUCAAUGCCCAGUGGAUCUGUCAGCCAGUGUUCUGAGUGGUCCAUGGAUGGCCAACCAACUUUCAAAGAGGGGACCGUGAAGGGAUUACAGUCCGUCUACCAUAACAAGGAAUUGUCAGGAGUGUCUGCUCACUCCAAGUACCAGAAGGAUGAGGGCAAGAGAUCCAAUACACCACAAUCAAUGCCCAGUGGAUCUGUCAGCCAGUGUUCUGAGUGGUCCAUGGAUGGCCAACCAACUUUCAAAGAGGGGACCGUGAAGGAUCUACAGUCUGUCUUCAAUAAAAAGGAAUUGUCAGGAGUGUCUGCUGACUCCAAGUACAAGAUGGGCGAGGGCAAAAGAUCCAAUGCACCACAAUCAAUGCCCAGUGGAUCUGUCAGCCAGUGUUCUGAGUGGUCCAUGGAUGGCCAACCAACUUUCAAAGAGGGGACCGUGAAGGGAUUACAGUCCGUCUACCAUAACAAGGAAUUGUCAGGAGUGUCUGCUGACUCCAAGUACCAGAAGGAUGAGGGCAAGAGAUCGGGGACAGCACCAUCAAAGCCCAAUGCAACUGUGAGGAAGAGUUAUGACCAGUCCAUUGAAGGCAAUCCAGCUUCCAAACAAUCGAAGACACCACAAUCAAUGCCCAGUGGAGCUGUGAGCCAGUGUUCUGAGUGGUCCAUGGAUGGCCAACCUACUUUCAAAGAGGGGACCGUGAAGGGUCUUCAGUCUGUCUUCCAUGAAAAAGAAUUGUCAGGAGUGUCUGCUGACUCCAAGUGCAAGAAGGACGAGGGCAAAAGAUCCGGCCAGAAAUACCAGCUUCCAAAACACGUUGAAGCCCUGCAGACUCACACGCUCAUCAAUUUGUGUGAGAAAUUGGAUGGGAAUAGCUACCUGCAUUCAAAGACUUCAGAUGUGCUCUACAGGUCUGCUCAGAUGCAGAUCUGCUAUAAUGCAAUGAUUUCUGGUGGUAAGGAACGCCGCGACUCGCGACUAUCUGAGACAGCAGUGCCAUCCCCUCCACACCCAACAGCAAAAGAACAUUUAAAUGCCACGGCUGGGUCCUUGAAGUGGAGUCAAGGCGAAGAGAUGCAAGCGAUACAGACAGAAGAGUACUCCGAUUCAGAUUCAGAGACCGAAUACAUCACAAAUGAUAGGUCCAGUGAGCCUGAGACAGUGGUGCCCCCUCCUGGUAAGAUAACGUUUUCUGACGUGAAACCAAACUCUCUGGUCCUGAGCUGGGGAGUGCCGAAGGGACUAAAGGGGCCCAAAAACUUCAAAGUAAAGUGCAAUAAAGGAGAGUGGAUCCACGGAAGGGAGUUGAAAGGUUACUAUGGCAUCAAAGGUGCUCAUAAGGUUGAAAUAAAUGACCUUGAACUUGGACAGCGAUAUAUAUUCAGUGUGGCCACAGAAGACGAGGAUGGUAAUUUAAGUGAAUGGGUUGAGGACUUUGUUUUCACAGCGGUGCCAGCCCCUCGGCUCUUAACUAAAAAACAUUCAGAGGCCAACGCCGUGACCUUGAAAUGGACCAAAGGGGAAUACAUGGAGGGGAUUAAACAUCAGUUCCUUAUAACCCUCAGAAGUCAGGGAAUAGAGUCACUAGUCAUACAAACAAAAGAGUGCUUCAAGACAAUCUCUAAUUUGGAGCCAGAGACGUUAUACACCAUAGAUGUCGCGACAAUACUGAUGGACAGGUGCAGUGAGCCUGUCUGUACAACUAUACUCACAGGGUCCUGUUUCAGGAAGGUGCUGUCAAAUAUGGGCUUUGAAGAACAUUAUGAAAAGAAGCUCACACUAAGCGCUGUUCUUGAGAUCAAUCAACACGAUGCAUCAGAGAACAAACGUGAAAGCUCAAAGUCAUAUCUUGAGGCUUUUCUGCAGAAACUCAUGAUGUUCAAUGCAAAUGCUCGAAGUGUUAAAUGUGUGUCCAAAGAUGUUGACACAGACAAGCGAAACGACAUCAAUCCGUUGGACCUGAUAACUGCAUUGUUUCUCUGUUCCGACGGCUUUCUUCAGCAAGACAUGGUUGUGAAAAUGGCACUCUGCCAGUUCGCUGUCCCGCUCCUCAUGCCCAACCAUGACACAAGAAAAAUCACCAUGAUGCUGUGGUCUAUGCGUGAAAUUGUUCGAACCUUCAGCCCCUCCAAACGGGCGUUAAGAAACUUAAGCUGUGAAGAAAGAAUUGUGCUCACUGAUAUUCCCCUGGUGUCGUUCGUCAGGCUGGGGAGGACCAUCUUAUCCAAGUCUCAGGUGCUGAACAAACUGCUCAGCAACACCAAGGAGUGUUAUGAUGUAUUUUAUAAUCGUAACAUGGAGUGUGGUGAUGUACCCAGGAAGAUUUCAGAGGGGCUAGUCGAAGUGACCUGGUACCUCCCAUGCGGGAAAAAGAACACAGACAAAUUCACUGAGCCGCUGGCCGUCGCCAACCUCAGAGGAGAUAUCAGAGACUUUGACAAGCAAUUCUCAUUCCUCUGCCAGACAUCUGCCGCUGUGUACAUCUUCUGUGAUGAGUCAGAAACAGAUUACUUCAAGGAUAUGGAAGGGAUGGAUGUGGAAGCCAGGUUGCUUUUGAUAAGCAGCAUAGAGGGGAAAAACUUCACACUCAACACAAUGACAAUCAAACCUAGUUUAAAGACAACUGCUGUGAGCCAGAGGAAAAAUACUGAGUCAGAACUGGUAAAGGCCCUCCAGGAAUCAAUCUCUAAAUUGCUUGGAAACUGCCCAAUCAAAGUGUCGCUGGCAAAUUUGGCAGACACAGCUCGCCACUUUGAUAUCUUGGUUGAUGAGGACAUGGAUGAAUGCCAGGAUGCUGGGAAGAAUGAAGAUAACAUCUUCCAACACAUUUCUAACACCUCUUCAUUCAAAGAAAAACAACUACCUUCCCAGGGACCAAUCUGGAAAAGGAUUUCAAUGCUGGAAACUGAGUACUGGAGACUGCGAAACGCUGGACAUCAAAACACUGAGGACUACCGCAAGUCUUUGAAAACACAAGAAAAAGAUCUGAAAAUGAAACAGCAACGACUAGAGAUAAGCGCUGCAAUGCAUAGCUUCCUUCACGGGGUGACCUCAGAAGUGCAACGCAACUAUUUCCUCAAAUGGCUGGAAAUGGAUUUGGACAAUCUUUCCCGGAAUCAACUGUCGGAUCUGAAAGAUAGGUAUGAAGAGCUAAGGGAAAAAUGUCCCAAAGACACAGAAAAGAUUGCAGAGAUGGAUCAGCAAAUAUCAGCUUGUUCUUUACGCCUUGAGCACUUUUUCCGAGAGUGUGGCCAGCUGUUUGAAUGUGCGAAUCACCUGCCAGAAUUCAGCAGUCAGAGAACAACCUUGGAACAACUUCCUGCAAUUUGUGCUCAGAUGCUGCUAGAUGGUUUCCCUCUUGAGCUCGUUGAUGGAGAUUCUGCAAACAUUCCGAUGAAAUGGAUCACUGAGGUGCUAAGGGAGCUUCACAAGUCUAUGCAUUCCAACAGUAAGCUCAAAGUCAUCACAAUCAUCGGAGCUGAGAACUCAGGAAAAUCGACUCUGCUAAACACCAUGUUUGGGGUCAAGUUUGCGGUCAGCAAAGGAACAUGCACCAGAGGGGCUUUCAUCCACCUGAUUAAUGUCAACAAACACCUCAGGAAGAAACUGGAGUGCGACUGCAUUAUGAUAAUUGACACAGAGGGACUGAAACCACAUCAGAUGGUCCAAGAUGAUCACAGCCAUGAACGUGACAGGGAAGUAGCGAGCCUCACUGUAGCACUUAGUGACGUUACAAUCGUCAGUGUUUCCGGUGACAGCUCAAAAGAGAAAGAUCUCUUAGAAAUGGUGCUUCAUGCUUUCACAAAGUUGAAGAAUGUGGGCAAGAAGCCACUCUGUCAUUUUGUGCACACCAACAUGUCAGAAAGUCCUGCUGUAGAGAGGAAAAAGAGAGGUAAAGAGUUGGUGAAACAACUCAAUGAAGUGAUCCGAAAGGACACUAGGAUGAGGAAGGCCAAAAUCACUAAGUGCUCAGAUGUGAUGGAGUUUGAUCCAGAAACUUUCAGUUGGUACAUUCCUCCGGUUUGGAACGGGACUCCACCUAUGGCACCUUUCAGUGUUGACUACAGUGAGACGGCGCACACUUUGAAAAAGAGACUCAUAGAGGACCUCAAAAAGUGCCAAGGAAGAGGUGAUCUGAUGCAAUUUAUCAGCAAUAUAGAUAGAUUCUGGAAAGGCUUGUGAGAAAUUAAGCAAAAAUCAGGAAAAGAUGGUAAAGUGAAAGGGAAAUUAAUUCACUGAAGCAGGUUUUGAUUUCAACAAAAAAAAGAAAGAAAAGAAAAGAUGUCUGAGCAAUAUAAACUAAUUUAUUGUUAAUACAUUAACAUGUCUAAUGCAUUUCUUAAAAGAUCUGACACUGUACAAACAUUAAACAUGUAUAUAGUUUCAUAAAAUAAGCAAGUUGUUCUUUGAGACAUUCUGUAUAUUUCUGCCUGAACAGAGAAACAUGGUUUGUGACGUGUGUAGCAGACACAAACAAAACAAUACUGUUAUUAUUAUCACAUCUGUAUCUAAAAGAUAGUUGACUGAAUAUUAGAACAUCUGCAAGAUUUAUUUGCAGAUAUGGGUUGUAUCAUAUCAAAAGUCCUGAAUAAAGGUUUUUGCUAUGUAUUUUUGAGGCUGUUUGUGCAAUAAAAGUGUAUAAAUAA